AUGGUGCAACUUCUUGUUCUGCCGAUGGGUAAUGAUGUUGGUCCUGGUGAGAUUCCGGGGUCUAUCCUUGAAAGAAUUGCGGAAAACAUUCAAAACCUCAACGAUUUGGUAAAUUUCAGUUUAAUCAACAAACAUACAUACAAUGCGGUAAUGAAUAAUCAUGGAUUAUGGGUUCAAAAGCUCAAGACUUUAGGAACUUGGUCUGACCAUGACAAUGAUAAGCUAGUGAGAAACGAUGUGGAGGAGGCCAAACUGACCCCAUUGAACUGUUUCACAUUUAAGAUUAGUGAUGUUAAUAUCUCAAGAGUUGUUUUUAUUAGUAUAUAUAAACAGAUGGCACCAAUAUUGAAACAGCUUUUGAUUGACAAUAACGUGGAUAUUCAAAAUGUGGAUAUUUUCAAUCAAUAUAGUACACCGAUUAGUCAAGCAAAGCUAUUCACAAGUAUCAGUAUCUUUUUAAAGCUAUAUCUUGACGAUGAUGAGUACAGCACUUAUAUUAUGAGAUUCAAUACUAUUCUAAAUUUAUUUGUGAGUUCGUUAAUAAAAGAAAUUGACCUUCAACUGAAAGACGAAAAAUAUGAGGUUGUUUUAAAUUUGAUCACUGCACUAGAUUAUUUGAAUAUCGAUCAUGAAAAAAUUACGAUUGACCCACUUGAGUCGUUACUUGAGUACUUUAUCGAUAAAUAUAAUGAAGAAUAUAUACGGCUACUCAAUGAAGAUGAUUUUCAAAAUCAGUGGUUUAUCAAAGAAAAUGAAAAUGCCGCUCCUAAACGUGGUAUUGUAAAAGGGUAUUCUUUUGAUUUUGAUAAAAUUGAUGAAAUGUUAGACCAGGUUAAAAUAUUGCUAGAUAGACAGUUAAAUCAAGUGAAUAUGAUAUUUAGAUCUGAUAGGGAUAAUAAAAUUAUCGGGCGUAACAUUGAUGAAAUCCCAAUCAUAUUGAAAAUUAUUGAAAACUUCUUGAGUAAUUAUCUGAUUGGUGGAUUAUUUGAUAGGAUUAUUUCAAAAUCUAGGCAGAUUGACUCCCUAGAUGAUAUAGUCAAUCCACAGUUUUACCAAUCACAGCAGAAUAAUAGCGAAACAACACCAACUUUGCAAGAUGAAGACCAUAAUGAUGCAACUAAUCCAUUCAUAAAUAUAACCAACGAGAAAUCACUGUUUUUUCAAUGUGUUCCGUAUAUUUACUCUAGAUGCAUCUCAACAUUACAAAAUUUAAAGUAUCCAAAUACAGAGAUAAUACAAGAUUCGAAUGAAAAAACAUCGAUGGAUUACAUUAGAAUUGUUUGUGGCUUCGUUAAUUAUUAUUAUGAACAGUACCUCAUUGAUUUCUCCAACGAGUUGCCUAAACAAUGUCACUUAUCAUUGAUUCAAUUGAUAAAUGCAUGGCAGACAAACAAUCAAAAGGUUCAGAGGAAUGUCGAGAACGAGAUUCUCAAACUGGUAGAUGAAGAUGAUAACGACAAUAAAAAAUCUAAUUUUGAGAUUUUUAAUGCGUUUACUAAUCUUUUCACUUUUAGAUCGAAGGACUUGAAGAAAAGUGAAUUGGAUAAGGGGAUUGAAGAUGAGAGUGAAAUCGGCAAAGGAGGGGAAACUGAAAGGAAAAGUGAUGGCGAAAAUGAGAAGGUUGAAGAGGUUAAAUUGACACAUAUGGCUGCAAAACUGAAAAUUCUAGCAGGUAAAGUUGAAAAUUUGAAAAGCUUGGUUUCUCUUGAUUUAACAAUUAUAUUGUUGCAACAUAUUAAAAACAGCUAUGAUCUGCUGAUUGGAUUAACCAAAUAUUCCACAACCCAACAGCUAAACAAACAAAUCCAUCAGACCUGUAUGAAUAUCUAUAGUGAUAUGCUUAACCUCUUAAUCAAUAAUCACAUUAAGCCCGGAUUUUUGGAAGCCUUAGAAAGAUUAAAGAAUUAUAAGCCUGUUAAUAUCACGAAAGACGGUAACAGCAAACCAAUUAUGGGUAAUCAAACAGUAGAGCCUGUUAAUAAUUUUAUCGAGCUAGUCGAUGUUGGAGAUCUUAUUUUACAAAUGAUCAAUGUCUUCUAUGAGCACGAACUUGUGGAUACUGGAAUAAUACCAUCGAGUAAUCAAUAUUCUAGAGAUUUUCUACGUAUGAAUAAUGUUGAGAAGUUAAUUAAGUUACUAGAAUCAACACUUGAUAAGUAUGUUGCCAAUGGGCUAGACAUCAGUAUUGAUAUAAUAAUAUCUGAAAUUCGCUUUAAAGUUGAAGAGUGCGUUGGGCCAAUUCCAUUGAACAAUAAAUCCAAGUCAAAUACAUCUACUAUUUCAUCACGGCAAAUUGCACCUGCUUCGACUACAGUGGUAGUUUCAUCAGCCCCAUCAUCAUCGGCAUCAGCAUCGCUGAGGACGGCAUCAUCCCAUUCUACAACGCUUGCAUGUAACAUUGCGCAUUCAUCUAGUGUAUAUAAUAUUGAAACAAUUGAAAUGUUACCAUUAAAUGAGGGGCAUACAAGUGAAUGGUGUAACAUAUGUCUCAAUGUAUUAAAAUCACAUUUCUCGUUGCUCCAAGAUUCGAUUGACAAGUCAAUAAUGGAUGUGUUUAAGCAGGAACUUGGAGACAGAUUGAUUACAUUAUUGAUUCAGCUCUUAAUGAAGAAAUUCCAAAUAUCGACUAUUGGUGGUAUACAAUUCAGUUACGAUAUUAAUUCACUGUAUGGAUACUAUCAGGAGAAUAGGAUCAAGCCGGCAAUAGAGUAUCUCAUUGGUUUCAAAAAGAUUGACCAGUUAUAUUUGGUUGAUUGCUCAAGUCGGUCAUCAAGCGAAUUCAAGGCCCAAUGUAAAUCCUUGGGAAAGCUGAUUAUCGACGUUGGACGAGACAAUGGAGUUUUCACUCCCGAAGAGGUAUAUCAAUUUGUUUCCAGACGUACUGAUUGGGAUAGGAUCAAGAGGAACAUCGAUAAGGUGGUGUAUGGGUUAGGGGCCGAUGAUUGUGUAAUCAUGUAA